CCGCCGCCGUCCCGGCCUCGGCCCCGCAGCAUGUCCGCCAAGUCCAAGGGGACCACCUCCUCCUCGUCCUCCUCCUCCUCGCCCGGCGCGGGGCAGCCCGCCGCCGCCAAGACCAAGGUGAAGGAGCAGAUCAAGAUCAUCGUGGAGGACCUGGAAUUAGUCCUGGGGGACCUCAAAGACGUGGCCAAGGAGCUCAAGGAGGUGGUCGACCAGAUUGACACACUGACCUCUGACCUGCAGCUGGAGGAUGAGAUGACAGACAGUUCCAAAACUGACACGCUGAACAGUAGCUCAAGCAGCACAACAGCAUCCAGCUUGGAGAAGGUCAAGGUGCGUGCCAAUGCACCGCUCAUCAAGCCUCCGGCACAUCCAUCUGCCAUCCUCACAGUACUGAGGAAGCCCAACCCACCACCACCUCCUCCACGAUUGACUCCUGUAAAGUGUGAAGAACCUCACAGACUGGUUCCCUCUGCUAACCCUGUAAAGACAAAUGGGACCCUGCUUCGAAAUGGAGGCUUACCAGGAGGUCCAAACAAAAUCCCAAAUGGGGAUGUGUGUUGUAUACCUAAUAGUAACUUGGACAAAGUCUCACUGCAGCCUCUGAUCCAUAGACCUGAUAAAGACAGGUGUCCUCAGACAGCAACACGGGAACGGGUACGAUUUAAUGAGAAAGUUCAGUACCAUGGCUACUGCCCUGACUGUGACGUUCGGUAUAACAUUAAAAACAGGGAGGUCCACUUGCACAGUGAGCCUGCCCGGGUGCCAGGAAAGCUUCCUCACCAAUGUCCUCCCCUCCCACCUCCCCCACCUCCUCUUCCUCCAUUUCCUCUAGAAAAUGGAAGCUUGGGAAUAAGUCCUAGUAAUAGCUUUCCUCCUCUCCGACCUGCAACUGUGCCUCCACAAACUGCACCAAAACCCCAGAAGACGAUCUUGAGGAAAUCGACCACUACAACAGUGUGAUGUAUGCCACUUGAGAAACUGUUUUUUCCUAUAUAUAAGCAUAAACAAAUAGGUUAUGAGCACUUUCUAAUCAAGCAAUAAAAAGCCCCAAUAUUACACCCUGUGUGCAGCGAAGUGGCAUAAAAUCACAUGCUCCUUCAGGCUAGAUUGAAUAUCUACAUUUGAAGGCACAUUAGUUAAUUUGUCUCAUGUCAGAUUCAUCAUUGUGACUUCUUGCAGGCCAGAUCUGAAAGUAACCAGGAACCUGACCCUUCUUGGAGCAUGGAAGCCCUUGGAGUCAGAGCACAACUAACCACUGGUAUAAUCCAAAUCGAAUCUUCUGCCUCAGAUCUGACAGCUAUGAGCUGAGCCCUGACAAAAGCCACAGCCUUAAAUUCCAGUUCAGUCAGAAUGAAAAGUCAAAAGGCCUAAAAUACCAUGCCCCAUUUUGGGAACAGCUGUCUCCAAGCCUGACAAUUGAGAAGCUCAAUACUGAAGAAUUAGAAUAACAACCAGAAAAUGGAUCAUGGGGUCUAGCCAGCAUCCAAAAAAUAUUUCAAUAUGUAGCCAAAAGGAAACAUAAAGCACUUAAGUGAUUGCAGGCAAAGCAAUGCAUUUACUACAAUAUAGGAAUGUUGGUUUUUAUGGGGAAAGAAGACCUCGAUCAUCCCAUGUACAUAUUCAAAGCCAUAGAAGAACAGAGCGCCAGUGAUGCUAAAUGCUUAGAAGGAUAUUGUCUCCAGUCCUCUGCCCAAAUCUGAAGAAACAGUUCAGUUGUUACAGAUUGCAUCUCAAUGCACUUCUCGUAUUUGCACUGUCACUUCCAUUCAGGGUAAUGAUGUGCGCCAUCAUUUGCACAGAUGGCCCCAUGAGAUUUUUGACCACAACAAGCUACGUGUUGCAGGGGCUCCAAAAGGAAUUAAAAAGUUAAAAACUGAAGAAAACAAUUGCUCUCUCUUUGCAGUGAGGAUCAUUCCCAAAAGGAAUGUGGUCCUUUCUUAAGUUUAAAAAAUAUAUAUGAGAAAAGCAUCAACAUGAUCAAGUGGAUUUAAAAAAGGGAUCUAAUAUUUUUUUAUGAAAUUCAUUUUAUAUCAUAGUAACAGCCAAGAAAUUGAACCUAUUGAACUAUAUACCCCAAAUGUUCCUGUUGAAUGUUGACAGGAUCCUCCCAAUUACUAUGAAAGAAAAAAGGUCAUUUGUAAUAUGUAUUUGACAUAAAAGUUUUUAUAGCCAUUUAUCUAUGCUUCAUGAAGAAAUGUAACAGACAAACAGCAUUUUCAGUUUAUUUUUCUAAAUAAAUGUGUUGUUUGUAUUAUUUUCAGUCACUUAUUUUGGCUGGUUUUCAUUACCCCCAAAAAGGAUUUAAGGAUAGAACCAAAACACAACUGUUUUGCCAUGUUAAAUCGUAACGAUUUGCAGACUGAAAGCUUUAAUACAAAUACUGUAAUUUGUAAAAUUAUAAAGUAUAUUUAUACUGGCAGAUAUGUAUGGAGAACAAGAAGAGGAAGUAUUUUAACUCUUAGUUUCAGAACAUAGGUUAUUUUGAUAUUCAUGUGAUGGGAUAUAGAUGAGAUAUAUAAUGGUCAAGGUUUUUCUAUUGAGAUGGUAUUGUAACAAAGAAAGAUUCAGAUGGUAACAAAUGGAAAGAACAAAAUCUAAACAUUGUCUAAUAUUGAUGGUUUCCCUAAAUUACAGAAAGACAUUUUGACAAGUAACUCACUUCAUUCAGGAACCACUAUUCUUUCAUACAGUAACAUAAGCACUGGCCCAUUAAAGAUGCCACUAUUUGGUCAGAAACAACUUGAAAACCUAAGGGGUAAUAUAGUGUGCUCAUUACAACAAUUUAUACAAUCCUUACUUUGCAAGUAGGACC